AUGUCGGAUUCAGGGGACUCGUCAAAGGCAGAAAAGAAAAGGGAGUACAAUAGAAAUGCUCAGCGAUUGUUCCGACAACGUCGGAAGGAGCAUCUGAAAUCGUUGGAGCGUGCUGAGAAAGAGCGCUCGUCCACACAUGCAGAGGAAGUUGAGCUUCUGAGGCGAGAUAUGGAGCAGUUGAGAGCCGAAAAUCGAGCGCUCAAAUCGUCACUCAAGCUCUCAUCGCCAUAUGCCUCAUCCGUUCCUUCAUCUGCGGUUGUGCCAUCAAGUCCCUCACCAUAUCCGACCAGCCCCUUUCGCUCUCUGGAGCUGUACGAUUCCGCACCUGACUCCAUGGCAGAUGAUAUUGUAAGAUCUCCAUCCGAGACUCAAGGCGACGAACUAUACCAGGAACAACACAAGUAUAAAAAUUGCUGGCAUCGAUCAAGACAGACAACGGUGCCGGAUUCCUUCUGUGCCCUGUUUCCACAGGACAUCGCCGUCGUCCGCCGCGAUUUACAUCUUCAACUAGCCCCUGUUCUGGAUUUGAAUAUCAUUAGCAAUCCGCAACUCCAUCUAUCGACACUGGCUGCGAUCGGACCCUCACUUCCGCCGGCACUACAGCCAACUUUGUUGCAAUUACAGACGCCGCAUCAUGCUUAUAUUGACUUGAUCCCUUCACCAAGGCUACGUGACUCUUUGAUUCAAGCGGGAUUUGCGGUUGCAAACUCAUUCCUUACAGAAGUUUGUACGUUUGUGUACGAGACUGAGGAUCUGGGUCAGUUGACGAUCUGGGGCCGUGAUUAUUUAAAUGUCAUAUCGUGGGAGUUUUCGGAGCAGGUGCUCAAGGCAUGGCCGAAUCUACUGAUGGAAGAGUGGCGAGAGAGAGCGAAUUUCUGGAGGGCGCAGAGGAAUGAUCCGUUGAUUAUUUUUGACUGA